UGGGCGGGGCUUGAGUUUGUAAGAGAGAGAACGUUUCUGCAGGACUCACAGUGUCUGGGCUUCAGACUCCAGCACAAUCAUGCUCUUCAUCCCGGGUCUGUCUGCUCUUGAUCCUGUCAUGUAGUUUCUGAAGUGACCCAGAUUUUCUACAGACUGGAAGAGAUUGUUGGCGUUUGAGGAUGUUUUCAUUCAUUCUGUUAUCAGCUCUGGUCCUGUGUGGAUGUGCACAGUAUUCAAGCGACCAGUGCAGCUGGAGAGGAAGUGGUCUGACACACGAGUAUCACACACGGGACGUGGAGCAGGUGUACCUGCGCUGUGCCGAGGGCUCUCUGGAGUGGCUCUAUCCCACAGGAGCCAUCAUCGUCAACCUGAGGCCCAACCUGCCGUCCGCCGAGGGUCAGCUGCGCGCCUGUGUCAAGCCGCGGCCGGACUCGUGCGGGGCCAGGCUGUAUGUGGAGCGGGCCGGAGCGCUGCGACUGCUGCUGACGGAGGAGGACCAGGCGGCGGGACGCGUGCGCUGCUUCAGUCUACAGGAGGGGGCGCUGUUCGUGGAGGCCUCCGCCCGCCGGGACAUCAGCCGGAGAAUCACUGCCUUUCAGUACCAGCUGAUCUCCACACACACCCCCGCCAGAGACCAGCCCCGCUCACAUACAGCUUCAUGCAGACCCUGCGCAGAUGACGAGCUGCUGAUGGCGAUCUGUACCAGUGACUUCGCGGUGCGCGGCAGUAUUCAUCAUGUGGAGGAGGAGGAGGAGGAGGAUGAAGAUCAGGUGUCAGUGGUGGUGUCGUUGAGUCACGUGUACCGUCAGAAGAGCCGUGUGUUUGUGUCGGGCGGCGGGGGGCGCGGGCGCGGCCGGUGGACGGGUCGUGUGAAGAUGCAGCGGCGGUGCGACCCGCGGGCGGGACAGGGCGAGUUCCUCUUCACAGGAGCCGUACGGUUCGGGGAAGCCUGGCUGAGAUGUGCUCCGCUUUAUAAAGACUUCAUCAGAGUGUACCACGCAGCUCUGGACGAGGGAACGAACCCCUGCCACAUACACACGGACUGAGACACACAACUAUCCUCUGCUGAACUGAACCCACUCUCAAAUCACAUGGAAACAUAGCUUUUUUCAGGACUUGGUCCAAGGUCGCAUUUUAUCCCAAAAUCUAAAUAAAUAAAUAUAACAUUUAGGAUACUUCAAUAAAAGUUGGAUUAUUUUAUAACCAGGUUAUGAAAUAAUUGUUAUAAUAAUUAAAUAAAUUGCCCCUCUAUAAUUGUCAUUUAUCAUUUUCAGCUGGGUUUCUUUAGAUUUAUUACGAUCAACUGUUUUAAUUUUGCAGUAAUACUAUUAAUCAGCAUAAACUAAAUCUAAAUUAAAUCCUACCAUUAUGAAUAAAUAUUUCACUUAUUUCA